UCACUCCUCUAUUUUCUAUAUAUAUUCACACUAGCCCUUGCCUCAUUUCUCAUCAUCCAUCUGAACAGUUGUAUCUCUUUUUUGAGUGCAAGUCGAUUGGUUCUUGAUUGAGAAGAAGUCAUUAGUGAUUAUGGGUUCUCAAAGUUUUCUUGGGUUUUUGCUUGUGAUUUUCUUUCUGAUGAUGGUGGGGUUUCUUUCUGGCUCAUCCCAGGCUUAUCAGUUUCAUGUUGGUGGUAGAGAUGGCUGGGUUUUAAAUCCUAGUGAGAACUACACUAUCUGGGCUCAGAAGAACAGGUUUCAAGUCAAUGACACUCUAUUUUUUAAGUACAAGAAAGGAUCCAACUCAGUCUUGGUGGUGAUCAAGGACGAUUAUUACUCAUGCAACAUUAAGAAGCCUAUACGGUCCUUAACAGAUGGUGACUCCAUCUUCAAGUUUGAUCGUUCAGGGCCCUUCUACUUCAUCUCUGGCAAUGCUGAUUACUGCAAUAAGGGCCAAAGAUUGAUCAUUGUUGUUUUGGCUGUUAGACCCAAACCACAACCUGCUCCUGUUCCUGUUCCUCAAUCUCCCUCUCCUGUGGCAGCUCCACCUAGUAGUUCUCCUCCACAUCUGCCGCCGUCCCCGGUGGAGUCGCCCAGCGAUAGCCCGACAGAUCCAAGUGCUCCGGAGCCAGCGUCAGGACAUUCUUCUGGCGGUUUCACCGGUUUAGGUGGGUUGGUUUUGGGUUCUAGUAUUAUGAUGGGUAUGAUGUUUGGGCUAGCUUAAUUUGUUUGGUUGGUUUAAUUUAGGAUGUCAAACCAAGAAGAUUUGUUCCUUCAUUGAUUAUUUUGUUCAUUAUUGUUUUGUAAUAAAAAUGAGUUUUUGUCUC